AUGGGUGUCGAAUCCGUUCCAUUGCAGGAACGCCUUGAGCGCUGGGCUCAAAGGCUACAAAACCUCACCGUCUCCCCACUAACCCGCGAUUAUCCCGACAACCAGAACCAAGAGCUGCCCAAGAGGGCCAUUGAGGCUUUCGAGUCCCUUAAGCUCUCCAAUGAGACAUCAUCCGCGUUACAAAAACUAUCCAGCACAUCUUCAGGAUUCACAGUUUUCCUGACUGCGUUCGUUGUACUCGUCGCUCGUUUGACUGGUGAUGAGGAUAUCGCCAUUGGCACAAGCGCUGGUGAAGAUGGCCGGCCCUUCGUCCUGAGAGUGCCAAUUGAUACCUCAGAGACAUUCCUUCAGCUGCUCUCCAAAGUUCAAAAGGCCUACGAUGAGGGGUCAUCCGAGAUCGUGCCAUUGGGCAGUUUACGAUCCCACAUCCAAGAGAAAUCGCAAUCCGAGCGAUCCCCAAUCCUCUUCCGCUUCGCCGCAUACGAUGCUCCCGCUGCCUCCCAAGACUACCCCGCCAAUACCUUUGAGACAACGGAUUUGGUGGUCAAUGUUGCGCCCGCAAGCACCUCGGACCGGUCGACGGAGCUGGGAGCAUACUAUAGUCAGAGACUGUUCUCCAGUGCCAGAAUAAGCACAAUUUUGAACCAGUUAACUCAGCUGGUUCAGAAUGCUACAAGCAACCCAGAAACGGCAAUUGGGCGCAUUGAUUUCAUGACCCCCGAGCAGCGAGCCCUUCUUCCAGACCCCACCGCAGACCUACAUUGGUCCAAGUUUCGAGGGGCUAUCCACGACAUCUUCUCCGAGAACGCUCAAAGUCACCCGGACAAGCUUUGCGUUGUCGAAACCAAGUCCGCCACUUCCGCCCACCGCGAGUUCACCUACCGUCAGAUUAAUGAGGCGUCGAACAUUCUCGGUCACCACCUGGUUCAAGCAGGUGUUGAGAGGGGCGACGUUGUCAUGGUCUACGCUUACCGCGGCGUUGACCUGGUCGUGGCUGUCAUGGGUAUUCUUAAGGCCGGUGCGACAUUUUCCGUUAUCGAUCCUGCAUACCCUCCUGAGAGACAAUGCAUUUACCUCGAUGUGGCUCGUCCUCGGGCAUUGAUUAACAUUGCGAAGGCUACUAAGGAUGCAGGCGAGCUGUCUGAAAUAGUACGCACAUUUAUCGGUGAGAACCUAGAGCUUCGAACUGAGAUUCCUGCGCUCGCCUUGCUUGACGACGGUACCCUCCUGGGAGGCUCGAUUGAUGGACAGGAUGUCCUGGAAAAGCAGGUGCCUUUGAAGUCUAAGUCUGUCGGCGUCGUCGUUGGUCCUGAUUCUACUCCAACUCUGUCGUUCACCUCAGGCUCCGAAGGUAGACCCAAGGGUGUCAGAGGUCGCCAUUUCUCCUUGGCGUACUAUUUCCCAUGGAUGGCGGAGACAUUCAAGCUGAACCCUAACGACAAGUUCACAAUGCUCAGCGGAAUUGCCCAUGACCCCAUCCAAAGAGAUAUCUUCACCCCUCUUUUCUUGGGAGCUCAGCUACUUGUACCCGCGCGCGAGGAUAUCCAGAACGAAAGGCUGGCCGAGUGGAUGCGCGAUUAUGGCGCUAGUGUCACCCAUCUUACACCUGCCAUGGGUCAAAUUCUUGUGGGAGGUGCUUCCGCACAGUUCCCUACUCUCCACCACGCUUUCUUCGUCGGAGACAUCCUGAUUAAGAGAGACUGUCGCUCUCUACAAGGGCUGGCGCCGAACGUCAACAUCGUUAACAUGUAUGGAACCACCGAGACGCAACGUGCUGUCAGUUACUUCGAGGUCCCGAGUUACUCGAGCGACGGCGGAUACUUGGACACCAUGAAGGAUGUGAUCCCGGCUGGACGCGGAAUGCUCGAUGUGCAGAUGCUGGUUGUCAACCGCUUCGAGCCUAGCCGUAUCUGCGCUAUCGGCGAAGUGGGUGAGAUCUACGUUCGUGCGGCUGGUCUUGCGGAAGGGUACCUUGGUUCGCCUGAACUCAGCCAGAAGAAGUUCCUCACCAACUGGUUCGUUGAUCCUAAGACGUGGGCGGACAAGGAUGCUGCGGAGUCGCAAGGCACCAAUGAGCCCUGGAGGGAGUUCUACGUUGGACCUAGGGACCGUUUGUACCGCAGCGGUGACCUUGGCAGAUACACUCCAUCUGGAGAUGUCGAGUGCUCAGGCCGUGCCGAUGAUCAAGUGAAGAUCCGUGGUUUCCGUAUCGAGUUGGGUGAAAUCGAUACCCAUCUCUCCCGUCAUCCUCUUGUUAGAGAGAAUGUGACGUUGGUCCGUCGAGACAAGUUUGAGGAGCCCACUCUUGUCAGCUACUUUGUACCUGAUAUGGGCAAGUGGGCUUCGUGGCUAGAGCAGAAGGGCUUGAAGGAUGACGACUCCGCUGAAGGAAUGGUUGGCAUGCUAAGACGAUUCCGCCCACUUCGUGAUGAUGUUCGCGACCUACUCCGCAGCAAGCUCCCCACCUACGCUGUGCCCACCGUCUUUAUUCCGCUCAAGCGAAUGCCGCUCAACCCUAACGGAAAGAUUGACAAGCCUGCUUUGCCGUUCCCUGAUACUGCAGAGCUCAGCGCUGCAGCUCCUCAACGCAGGCCAUCAGCCUUGAAGUCCCUUUCAGAGACUGAGCAGGCCCUGGCACAGAUCUGGGCUAAUCGGAUUGCCAAUGUCACUGCCCCCAUGAUCGGCCCCGAAGAUUCAUUCUUUGACCUUGGAGGCCACAGUAUCCUCGCGCAACAGAUGUUCUUUGAUCUACGACGUAAGUGGCGUGGCAUCGACAUCAGCAUGAGUGCCAUUUUCCGCAGCCCUACCCUCCGCGCCUUCGCUGCGGAGAUCGAUCGCCUGCUGAACUUCGAAUCCUUCGCCAGCAACGAUGACGCCGCUGAAACCGCUGCCGUAGCUAACGAGCCUGAUGACGAAUACUCCCGCGAUGCCCGCAAGUUGGUCGAUACCCUACCCAAGACCUUCCCGGCUCGCACAGAAGACAUCCUUUCCACCGAACCCACGAUCUUCCUCACUGGUGCUACCGGCUUCCUCGGCGCGCACAUCCUCCGAGACCUUCUCACCCGCAAGUCUCCGUCCGCAAGGGUUGUCGCGCUUGUCCGUGGCAAGAGCGCCGAGCAAGCCCUUGCCCGCGUCCGCUCAACCUGCCGAGCCUACGGCUUCUGGGAAGAAUCCUGGGCUUCCCGCCUCGAAUGCAUCUGCGGUUCUCUCGGCGAUGCCCGCUUCGGACUCACUGAAGAAGCCUGGGAUGGCCUGACCAACCGCGUCGACGCAGUCAUCCACAACGGCGCCCUCGUCCACUGGGUCUAUCCCUACUCCACACUCAAGCCAGCCAACGUCCUUGGUACCAUCGAUGCCCUGAAGCUCUGUGCAACCGGUAAACCCAAGCAGUUCUCCUUUGUCAGUUCAACUAGUGUCCUCGAUAGCGACCACUACGUCCUGGAAUCCGAGCGCAGCAUCGCCGGCGGCGGGGCGGGUAUCAGCGAAGACGAUGACCUAGAGGGUAGCAGCGUCGGUCUAGGAACGGGCUACGGCCAGAGCAAGUGGGCCGGCGAGUACCUUGUCCGUGAAGCAGGCAAGCGCGGACUGAAGGGGACCAUCGUCCGUCCUGGUUACGUACUAGGUGAUUCAAACAGCGGAACAACGAACACCGAUGACUUCCUCAUUCGCAUGGUCAAGGGUUGCAUCCAGCUUUCCGCGCGCCCGAACAUCAACAAUACGGUCAACAUGGUUCCCGUUGACCACGUCGCGCGUGUCGUGAUUGCCGGUGCCUUCCGACCCACCGUCUCGCCUAUCGGAGUCGCACAAGUAACAGGCCACCCACGCCUGCGUUUCAACCAGUUCCUCGGUGCGCUCCAGCUGUACGGGUAUGAUGUUCCGCAGGUCGACUACGUGCCGUGGUCGAAGUCGCUGGAGCAGUAUGUGAAUAGCGGGGAGCACGAUGACCCGGAGUCGCAGCAUGCUUUGAUGCCAUUAUACCAUUUCGUCACGGCGGACUUGCCGUCUAAUACUAAGGCGCCUGAGUUGGAUGACGUCCAUGCGGCUGCUUCGUUACGUGCUGAUGCCGCGUGGUCGGGCGUUGACGCCUCUGCGGGUGCCGGUGUGACGGAAGAGCUAGUCGGUCUCUACGCCUCUUAUCUUGUGUCCGUUGGCUUCCUACCAGCGCCAUCAGCGUCGACCGCGGGAGCGCGUCCGCUGCCCGCCGUUACGAUUACUGAUGAUCAGAAGGAGGCAAUGGCAGGCGUUGGUGGCCGUGGCGGUGCUGCUUGA